CUUUUUUCGCAAAAAAGUCCAUUGUACGUCCCACAGUUUGUCCACUAGUCAUGUACGACGAGGAUGUAUGGUUCCAUUUGCAUAAAAGAUCAUGAACUCCAUGUGUUACAGUGCUACAAGAAGUUUCCGUUUCUAUUUUGUUCUAAUAUAUUUUUCUUAUUUUUUUGCUUUAAGCACUUUCACCCCACUCCAUCACCAAAAAGUAUAAACUUUUUGCAUUCUGUAUAAACCCCCCUAAGGCUCUUGUGUUCCUUCAUGCAAAAUAAUUAACCUUCCAUCAUAUUCUUUUUCUUGAGCAUCUCAUAUUUUCCUUUCUUUCAAAGGGUUUCGUGCGCUUGAAUAUCUUGGGUUUCCUUGUUUUUUUUAUUUUUUGUUUUUAUAUCGAAAUCUAGGGUUUGCUUGCUUUUUUGAUCGAAACAUAGGGUUUCCUUGCUUACUUAUUGCAGUUGUGAUUAAUCAAACAAGAAAAUAAUUAAUCAUGAAGAACAAGGCUUCUGUUUUCUUGAAACAUAUAAUCACCUUGCUGAGUUCCAUAGCCAAGGCCAAGUCCUUGGCUAUCAAGAGCAAAACUAGCGCCACGAAAGCUCGCCUGAUAAUGUUCUCAUUGGUGAAGAACAAGAAGGUUUUGAUGGACACCGUGUCACACAAGAUCCACAGUCUCCUAGGCCACGAUCACCGCUAUCAAGAGGAGGAGGAGGGAGACCAAAGCAAGGCGCUUGUUCUCUACAAUGCCAUUGCCAAUGAGUACUCACAUGCAGUUGGUACUUCGACCUGCAUGCUUAGGUACAACGGCCAAGAUGAGGAGGAGGAGGACGACGAUGAUGAUAAGUACCCUGAUCUCAGGCACUCGUUGUUCGAUGAAAAUGAGAACUUUGAUGAUGUCAAGGAUGGCGGGUCUGUGAUCGAUCUGGUGAAGAAUUCCAAGGUGGAAGGAGAGGAUUUCAAGCUGGAAGACGAGAUAGAUCACGUUGCGGAUUUGUUCAUUAAUAGGUUCCAUAAACAAAUGCGCUUGCAAAAGCUUCUCUCCUUCAAAAGGUAUCAAGAAAUGCUCGACAGAAGCGUCUGAAUAUUCUGACAGAUCAACACAAAUAAAAAUUAUUACGUUGUUUACAUUAAUUAACAAGUUGUUAUUAACAUUCCAAUAUAAUCAUAUUUUACACUCUUUUCUCGUGAAAAAAAGAAAAAAAGAAAAAAAAAAGAUUGUAAGAUGAUUAUUUUAGAGUGUUUAUAACAGUUUUUUAAUUAAUUAUGUGCAGAGAUGGAUCGAUCGAAACCCUAUUAUUGGUCAUCAAAAAGGUUAGACGUAUCUGAUGUGGCUGCCCCAUGCCUCUA